AUGGAAAGAGAUUUUAUAAUUUAGGACAAAAAGGCUUUGCUACUUAUCUACAAAAAUGAAAAUUGCUCGCACAUCCACACUACACACACUCUACACUUAAGCUCUUUUAAUGUUAAAUCUAUUCUCCUAAACUAUUUCGAUAUUGUAAAAAGAUACAAAGCUCAUAUAUCUCCUAAUGCAUAAAACGAUUUCGAUCCAUUUAUAGACUUAAAAAAGCUGAUUUCUAUAUAAAAAAACAGUAAGCCUAAGACCAGAAGCUGUUUGAAUCUAUUAUAAAUUUUUUAAUACUAAUUCCCGCUAUGA